GAGCGAUUUUAUUUUUAUUUUUGUACAAAAUCGUAAAUCCUCAAAAUAUAAAUAUAAACAUGAUGUGAAGAGAUACCACAAUACUAUACUCCUUAUACGGUUCUUGAUUACGGUAUUUGAAAAUUAUAGUCAUAGUUUCAUUUAUGUAUUUGAAUAAACUUAAUUGGUAGUAUGAAGAGAAGGAAUGGCGAUUGCGGAAAAUCACGAAAGGCCUUGAAAAGAAACAAAUCCGCCACCGAAGGAGUCUAUUGGAGGUAUUAAAUUACUACUAGGUAUUAUGGCUAUUUUGAAACUAAUAGUUAAUUAUUGUUCCAAGUUCCGUUCAUUAUUUGAAGCUCUUCGGUAUUUGGCUUGUUCUGAUAAUACUUGAUUAUUUAUUACAUUUUCGAUUUGAAUACGUUUGGCCAUUUUGGCUUCUAUUCCAUAAAAUUGUUGAAGGAAUUAAACAUCAAGGAUUUGUAAGUACAUAAUUUAUAAUUCAUAAUUAGUUUUAAUAUAUCCUAUAGUUAGUUAAUGUGUGUAUAAUAUUUAAUUUAUUUUAUUUUAAACAUAUUAAACAAACUUAAGCUUUUAAAACCUUAAAUUCAAUAUUUAUGUUUUAAUACAUUUUUAUUCAAAAAAUUAUUGAUAACAAUAUGACUAUUUAAUAACAACAUUUUGAAUUACAUGUAAACUGUAAAACUAUACUAUUUGUUUUGACUUUUUUUUUUUGGAUAUUGUGUUUGUAGAGAUAUUCAUACACAGUUUUGAAGUCUUGUAGUUUAUACAAAUUUUAAAAGUGUAGGUCAUCGGUACUACUUGAAAACUAAAUUUUUAAAUAAUUUUAUACUUAAUGUACAAUUAGUUUGUUUUAAUUAUAUUUGUAUUACUAUUAUUUUAAAAAAUGUAAAAUCUAUCAACUUCAAAUAUGCUUUAAGAUUUAGAUAAUGCGUUUAAUAUAUAAAGCAGUCCUUUAACAAAAAUUGAUUACUAAAUUAUACAUAGAUUAAAAGAUUAUACUUGAAUGUAUGGUUAAAAAUUUGUUUCAACAAAAUAAAAUUACUCUGUCAAACAAAGUCGCUGAACUGAAUAAAUAAUUAAAUGCUGUUUUGUAAUAAUUUAAUUUUAAUAACAGCUUUAAGAAUGUAAAGAAGCAUAAUAUCCAAACUACUACAAAAUCACUUGUUUAAACAGUCAUAUAUUAGAUAAAUAUUUUUAAACAUAAAUAAUGACGUAAAUAUUAUUGUAAAGAGGACGUUAUACACACAUCUACUGUCUCAGUUCAACUACUGGGUAACAUGCAAAAAAAAUGGUUUUGCAGAAUUAGUAAAUCUAGCUUAAUUUUAAUUUUAGAGUAAAUGUAUUAUAAAAUUAAUAAAGAACAAAACUUUGGGGGAAAUGUCAUAGGAUUUUUAUGUUAUUCAAAUUAUACAGUUCGAUAUAAAAGAUACAAAACCUUUUUUUUUUUUGUUUUUUUAAAUAGUUCAUAAUUCAAAAAACAUUUAUGAUGUUCCCUCCAAAAUAUUGUACUCUAUAAAUUUCAUAAUAGUUACUUUUACUCCAGAAAGUUUUACUUAAUCUAUGUAAGCAUUGUUUUUGCAUGUUACCAUUAGUUGGACUAAGACAGUAGAUAUGGAUAUAACAUACUCUUAAUAUUUAAAAUUAAUUAAAUUCAUCUUCAAAUGUACAUUACAACAAUAUAAUUGUAUGAAAUUGAUAUUAAGAUGUGUCUGAAUCUAGGUCAAAAUAUGCAAAUUUAAAAUUUUAGAAAAUAGUGUUCCUAGUCUAUUAAUUUACAUCAUUGAAUUAUUUUACAUUUUAUUUUAUAUUGUUUGACUACAACCACUUGUGUUUAUGAAGUAUAUUUUAUGAUAUUAUUGUUAUUAAAGUAAUGUAUUUUACUAUUAGUUGUUUAUUUAUAAAAACGUUUUUCUGAAUUUUUGAUAUUUUAACCGAUUACUGAUAUAUUUUAAUAUAUUGAUACCCACCCAUAUAGAAUAAGUAAAUUUUUAUUAAUUUUUUUUUUUUUAAAUAUAUAUCCUUAAAAAUUAUAAUCUUAAUAUAUAAAUGUAAAAUAAAAUAAUAUGUUUUGGUAAUGUAUAAUUUGUAUAAUCUGCAUCAUAUUUUUCAAUGUUUUAUGUUUAAUAAAAUGUAUUUUUAUAUAAAUAUGUUUAAUACUUAUUUUUUAUGUUCUAGGUUUAUACAGUGUUUUUUGUUUGCAUUGCAUUAACAUCCGACAUGGUGUGUUUUUUCUUCAUACCUGUACAUUGGCUGUUGUUUGUCGCUAGUACAUAUUUCUGGGUACAAUAUAUUUACCAAGCAGGUUAGUUUAAUUUUAAUUGCAAUUUGUCUUAUACAUUUUUUUUUUUUAUCUAACAAUUUGUUUUUAUAGAAAAAUGUGUGUCUUGGCCAGUGGUAACCCUUUUAGUCUUAUACAUUUAUGUAGAGGCUCACAUUCGACUGAAUAACCCUGACCAUAUUCCUUAUAAAUUGGUUUUGUGUAAACCAUUAGCAGCUAACUGGUAAUCUACUAUUAUAUUAUGUUAAUUAUUACAAAUAAUGUAAUAUUUAUGUAUAAUAAUAAGUUAUACUAAUUGUUUUUUUAGUAUUGGGUAUCCUGUUGUUACACUUUGUUUUGGUUUCAAAAGUUAUUUAAGUCUUAAAUUUAGGCUGGUGAGUGCUUUCAUUUACAAAUUUAAUUUAUUAUCUGUGAGUAUUUUUGUUUAACUAUCACAUAUUUGUUUAGAAACAACAGCAAAAAAUUUCUAAAGAAAAUGAGUUCUAUCAGAAUUUAAUGUUAGAUUCUUUACCAUUAGAUCAAAUCACAGGCUCCAUUGUUUCUAGUCAAGAAAAUGAUGAUGGAGGUAAGUUUAUAAUAGAAAUAUUUCUAUUUAUCCUUUAAUUUUCAUAAUAACUUGCAGAAAUAUGGUUAGAAUCAAUUUGUGAAGUACCUGUUGAUGUCACUGAUGUACAUAGUAAUGUGAUAUCUAAUGGUAGUGUUCCACAUAAAAAACCUGAAAAACAGGAUACACUAUGUACUGAAAUACCUAUUAAAAAAUUAGUAACUAAUGAUAAAUUAAUGUAAGUACGAUAAAACAAUGUUUAUAUGAGUAUAACAGAAAUUGUAUUAAAUUUAUUGCCUUAGAUGUAAUAGUAAUCAUGAAAAUCAUGUUAGUAAAGAAACAGAAAAAAAUAAAAGGGUGACUCGGGUGUCAUCAGUUAAAAAUAAUAAUCAUUUAAAAUGUAAUAAUCAAAAUUCAAACAGUAAAGAAUUUAUAAAAACUAAAGGCACCUCACCACUGAGAUUAGUGAAGCCUAUAAUUGUUGAUCCUAAAGAUUUAUAUUGUGAAACGUAAGAUUUUAUUAUAUAAUAAUACUAUUAAUAUGUAUUGAAUAUUUGUUAUGAUUUUAGAUUGGAAAAUGAUUUGAAAAGGCUAAAAUGUGAACUUCAUUUAUCUAUUCAAUCAGAAAAAGAAUUAAAACAUCAGCUAAAUAAAACUGUGGAUGAAUUGACUAGUGCGUCAAAUGAAUUAACAAGGCUGACCCAAGAGCAGGAAGACUCUAAAUCAAAGUAAAAUAAUCAAAAUAUGAUUAAUUUAAUAAAUUAAUAAAUUAAUUUUAUUUAGGUUUUUUAAUUUGCUAAUAACCCAUCAAAAUGAUAGGCAGUUAAUUUCUCAACUUGAAAAACGGUUAUCAGAUGAGAAACGACAAAGGCUAUCAUGCGAGUCUCAGUUACUCUCAGAAAGGCGACAAUUAAAAAAAGUUGAAGAACUUGCAGCUUCUAGAUUAUCAGCUGUAACUACUAAGUAAAUGUUUUUUUUUUUUAUAGUAUUAUUAUUCAUUUAGUUUUAUUAUUAAAUACUCAAUACACACCACUUGUUAUACAUUUUAGACCAGAAUGUACAGAAAGCUGCAAAGUUAAACGAAGAGAGUUAGAAAAUGAAGCUAAAGCAUUACGAAAAGAUCUUAGGAUAAAAGAUGAACAGUAUGUGGCAGCUCAAAAAGAAGCAAAGGUAAGAUAAAGUGGUACUAGAGGGAAAAAAAUCUCUUCAAAAAAUAUUAGUAAAUAAAAGCGCUAUUGUAAAUACAUAUUUUCAUAAUAAUAAUAAUGAAUUUAUAAGUGAAUUUUCAAAAAAUCUAAUUUUACAGUUGAAAAAUAUUAUUUUAUCAUACUACAUACAAUGAUUAGAAAUCUAAAUAUUCAAUAUAUAUUGAUACAUAGAUUCCAAUUUCCCAACACAAGUAUAUCUACAUUAUAUUAUUCUAUUUAGUACAAGUUUUUCAAUUAGAAAUCAAAAGCAAUAAAUUGGAGAAAUAAAAUAAUUUGAUUCAAUAAUAAAUAGGUAACAUAAUUGUAUCUUACAUCAGUGGUCUUCAACUAGUGGGUCGCAAUAAGUCUUCUUUUUAAAAUAAAAAUUAAAUUUAUAAAAUUAUAAAAGGUAAAAAAAUAAUUUUUUAAUUAUUAAACUUAAAAAAUUAAUAGAUGAACAUACAGUUUAAAAAAUUUUGUAGUGUAUUAUGUAUCAACAAUAUUAUAUAAUUUAGUCUAAAUAUAAUAUUAUAAUGGAUAUCAAAUCACAGUUUGUUUCAUAUUACACUUGUAUGAUUCUACGUAGUAAGAUAUUGAUUCAAUAUUAUUGAAUAUAAUAAUUUACAAAUAAAUUGUGCUAUUAAUAGAAUUAAUAUACAUUAUCAUUAGAGUACUCUACGCCAACUUUGCGUUAAUAUUUUUUUGUUAUUAAUAAAGUAAAUUAUUUAAUAAGAUGGAUAAAUUUGUUAUUCGGAAAAGUGGUCAAAUUAAUACACAUGAAGACAUGCCAACGUUAUUACAGGUACCUUCAACUUCAAACGAGAAGGAAAACUCCCACAAAAAAAAGAAAUCCGAAUUUAUUGGUCGAAGAUAUGAUGAAAAUUAUUUAAAAUUUGGAUUUUGUCCAUUUAAUAUGGGAGAUCAAACCAAUUUGGUUUAACCACAAUGUGUAGCCUGAGGAGAAUUGUUCACAAAUGAAGGUAUAAAACCAUCAAAAUUAAAAAGACAUUUAGAUACAAAACAUCCAAAUUUAAAAGAAAAAUCAAUAAAAUAUUUCAAAUCAUUAAAACCUAACUUUCAUAAAAAUCAAAAAAUCAUAUAAAAAUAUUCAUCAGUUUCGCAGUCUGCUUUAAAAGCAUCAUUUUUAGUCUUGUAUAGAAUUGCAAAAUGUUUGAAACCAUAUACCAUCGGGGAAGAACUAAUAUUACCUGCUGCUACAGUUUCUGUGUACAGAAAUGAUAAAUGAAAAAGCUGCAAACCAAUUAUAAAAUAUUCCUCUCUCUGAUACUACAGUCACUAGACGUGUAUUACUUAUUAGUAAUGAUUUUAAAUUGCAACUUUUGUCUUGGUUAACAGAAAAAAUUCUCUUUACAGCUUGACGAGAGCACCAAUAUUGCAAACGAAGCGAUUUUGUUUACAUAUAUAAGGUAUUUUUAUAACAACGAAAUCCACAAGGAUAUACUGUUCUCCUCAAAACAUGAAACUUCAACUACUGGAAAAAACAUUUUUGACACGUUAGUAAACUUUUUUACUAACAAUAACGUAGAUUUAAAAAAUUGUAUUUCUAUAACAACUGAUAGGGCAGCUGCUAUGACUGGAAAAUACGUCGGACUGUCGGACUAAUAAAAUAAGUAAAAGACAUUGUUCCAAGUUUAAAGUGGAUAUUGCAUUCUACACCGAGAAGCACUUGCAUCAAAAAAAAAAAUGCCGAAACAUUGCCUGAUGUCAGCACAAAUUGUUAAAAUUAUAAAUUAUACAAAAUCAAAAGUGUUUUUAAAUUCACGUUAAUUUAAAAUACUGUUCAGAAAUGGGUUUAUUCCAUGAAUCUCUAUUGUUACACAAUGAAGUAUGUUGGUUAUCAAGAGGUAAGUGUCUUUAAAGAGUUUACGGAUUGAGACACGAAAUAAUUUUAUUCUUAAAUAGUAAAAAUUUAAUCUACAAAGAUUUAUUUAAAGAUUCAAAAUGGAUUAUUAUUUUGGCAUACUUAGCUGAUAUUUUCAAUUUACUCAAUGAGUUAAAUCUGUCUAUGCAGAGCAAUUUUUUUAAACAUAUUUGAUCAUACAAAAAAAUUGUAUCAUAUAAGAAAAAACUUUGUGUAAUAAAAGCUCUGGAAAUAUUGAUAAUUUCACCAACGUUAGUGAGUUUUUUGAGGAAGAUUCUUCAAUCAAGUUUGAAGACAUUUCUGAGUUAGUAAACGAAUAUUUGACAAACAUAAACAAAUUAUUUAACCUAUAUUUUCCUGAGGAUAUUCGAGUAAAUUAUGAGUGGAUUGAACAACCAUUUGCAGUAGAUAUGUCUACUGACAUUGAAAAUCAAUUAAUUAAGCUAUUGUGUAAUAACAGAUUGAAACAAAUGUUUUGUGAAACUUCAUUAGAAAUAUUUUGGGCACACUUAUGCAUGGGAAAUUACUCAGAAUUAGCAACUAAAGUCAUCUCAAUUUUAUUAAUAUUUCCAACGACUUAUUUAUGGAAAAGGUAUUUUCUACUAUGGCAAAUUUGAAGACGUUUAAAAGAAAUAGAUGUGAAACUGAAGAUGAUUUAUGGAUUGCUCUUAAUCAAAUUGAGCCAAGGUGGAAUUUAUUAGGACAAAGUUAACAUUAAAUAUUUUGUAUCAUAUUUUUAUUUUAUUUCAUAUUUUCAUAUGAAUUCUAUACAUUUUCAAUUAAUAUAAAAUAAUUAAAUAUUCUACCUACUAAAAUGUAAUUUUUAUUUAUUCAGUUUUAAUAGUAUUACUUCAAAGCAUUAAGCAAUUUUAGCUUUUUUACAAAGCUUAUGUGGGUCGCGAAAAAUGUAAGCCUAAAAAAGUGGAUUCCGAGUCUAAAAAGGUUGAAGACCACUGUCCUACAUCAUAUUAUUAUUUUAUUAUAUGAUUCAUUAUUAUAUAUUUAUUAUCUAACUAUUUAUUAAAUUAUUUAUAACAGUAUUUAUUCCAAAUGUUUUUUCCUCUCAAUUCAAUAAAUUAACUCUUAGAAUAGUGAAGUAAAAUUAUUAUAUUAAUUUGUUUUAGGAGCUUCUACCAUACAAACAGAGUCAAGAUAAAAUUGACUUUGUUAUGUCUGCAUUGUCUACAUUAAAAGACAAAAAUGCUCAUUUGGAACACAGUCUGAGCGCAGAAACGCGCAUUAAACUUGAUUUAUUUUCAGCGUUAGGCGAAGCCAAACGACAGCUAGAAAUUAAAAUGAGUAAUUUGUUUUAAAUUUUAAUAUUAUUGAAUAAUUUAACAAUUCAGGUUUAUAUUGUUAGAUACAAUUUCAUCUCAAGAAAAAGAGAUUGAAGAACUUAAGGCUAAAAUGUCUCCGGCAAUGAUUAUGGUGCCACCAAAUAACACUUUCCAAGUGGUUAACUCAGUUGGAGGAUCCCCAACAAUGAUGUAUGGCGGUAGUAAUUCACCACAAUCUAGCCUUGAUCCAAAUGCCACUAUAUAUACACCUAAAAAAAGUCCACAUCUAGUCACGGAAGCUUAACUUUUUUUAAAAUAUAUAAUAGUAAGUAUUUUUAUUUAAUUUUUUUAUUAAAUGCAACGUAUCAUAUAACUUUUAGUAUGACAAUAUUUAUUUGUUAACUAAAUAUUAUAUCCAUUGGAACAAACAUAACAAUAUUAAUAACUAGAGCGCGGAUUUUAAUGCCCUAAAAAAAACCUAAAAAUGCAAUUAUGACCUAAAAAAUUCAAUUAAUGACUUAAAAAAAAUGUACUAAAAAUAUGAAAAAUAAUUUUAAAAAAUGCUCUAAAAUUGUUUUACUUUAUUUGAUCAAUGCUUACAGCUGUUUCUUGAUUUUAUGUUUCUUGUAUUUUAAUGGUCACGUUAAACUGAAAAUUAAUUUUAAACCAGUAAAUUAAAAAUAGUAUUAGGUAUAAACAGUCAAAAUUUUAAAAAAAAAAUCUGCUUUUUUAUAAUAUUUAAGUAUUUUACCUUGAGAUAGUAUGUGAUGGUUGCACUGCACAACAAUAUACUGUGUAAUGUGUUCAAAUGUCAAUGUUCUCCGAUUAUCAGCUAAUAUUUGUUUAUAAAAUGAAAAAUUUCUUUCGACAUCUACAGAGGUGAUUGGUGCAAAUUUCAUGUAGGUCAUAUCAUCAAACGUGAAGUCUUCAGGAACGGUAUCCUCAUCUCGUGAAACAGUUUUUCCCUCCAAAAUGUUCUUAAUGUUUUUAGUAACUUUAAAUCAGUUAUUCUUUUUUAAUACAGCUUCAAGUUUUUUUUGUAUUUCUUUACCUUGAUCACUGUUGUUUCGAUUAAUAAAAACUUCAGCUUCAUCAUUUAUAUUUAUUGCGUCAAUUAAAGAAAGUCCAGAUUUUUCAAGACGUGUAAUACAAGUGGGUAAACUACCGUAGUUGGUCUUCACAAAUGCCAAACUUGCCUCCAGUUCUUGCUUAGCCAAUAGCUCUUGUGACUUUUUAAUAGCUGUAGAGUCGUUUUUUGUUGAGUUCGUUUACAACUGCCUUAAUCACAUGGAAAUGUUCAAAAUAGUAAUUUGCUGCUGACAGUCGAGUACUCCAGCGAGUUAAAAUAGGUUCUGGCGGCAUCAAAAUUUCGGGGUCCAAUACUCUUAAAUAGAAGUACAUGAGACGGAGCUUAAAAGGAAAAAUGUUUUAACAUUUGAUAUGAGAGCAUCAAUUUCGGGAAAAUUAUUUCGAAUUUCCUCAGCAAUUCUAUGCAAUCCGUAAAACAAAACUGUUUUCGUUUGAAUAUUAGAAAUAGCUGAUUAGAACGAUAUGUAUAAAACUAUAUUUCGUUGAAAAACGGAAAUUUUGUCCACUAACGUGGACUAUUAAUAUUAUGGCUAGGCCCACUAUACACACGUAGUCUGUUUUAUUGUUAUCGACGUUAUUGUCAUCAACUAUUGUCAUUUACCAUAAUUCAUAUAUGACACAAACGAUAGUGUAGUUUUCAAUAAUUUAGUAAAAGAAAAAUAUUGAAUACUUGAAAUUUUUUUAUUUCUCUCCAAAAAUGCUACAUUUUUCAAAAAUAUGAUAAUAAUAACCUUAAAAGUAGCGAAAAUGACCAAAAAUGCAAAAUAAAAAUUGAAUUACAUGAAUCUACAUUACUUGAAACGCAUUUUUGCCAAACUGAGCAUUGCGUAAGGAUUUAGGAAAAAACAUUCAUUUUACAUUGAAAUCCGCGCCCUAUUAAUAACUUUAAAAAUUAUUAUUAUUAAUCUUUUGUUGAAUCAAAUUAUUUUGUUUGUCCUACUUCUAUAGAUCCGAGUUAUUGGCUUCACUGUAUUAACGUGUAGUCAAAUGUAUAGCUCGCUGACUGCCAUAUUUAUUGAAAUCAGAUACUCUUAAAUAUUUUUAUGUAUUUCAUUACUUUUUUAACUUUAGUAAAAUGUGUUUUUGUUUUAGUGUUUGUUAACAGAAUCACCUUGUUCUUCAAAAAUUGACUUCAAAAUUGUUUUCUUUUUCCAAAAGAUAUUAUUGUACAUUAGAUACCUUAGUGAUAUAUAAAGUGGUAAAAAUUGACAUUAAAUAGAAAUCAGUUUCUUUUACUAGUAUUAUUAUUUUUAAGAAAAUAGUACAAAAAUAACUUAUGACAUUGAAUAAUAGUUUAUUAUCCCCAGUCUCAUUUAAAAUUAUUUUUACCUAUUUUCUUAUACUACAUAAUUUAAUUUAAUUUUUUUUUUCUUCAGUUUUUGACCAAUGAGGCAUCAACCUCAAUUAAUUUAAAUAUUCAUCUUGUUUAUUUGAUCUUCCAAUUUGUAAUAUUAUUAUUUUGCAUUCAUCUGCAUCUUUAUUGUAAUAGACGCACAAUGUCCGAAAAACAUAAGAUCUAAAUAAAUGAACAAAUUAAUUUUAAGAUGUAUUAUGUUAAGUUUAAUCUUAGUUUUUUUUUUUUUUAAAACCAUUAUAUAAAUUUGUAUAUUUUUUUUUUUUUUUUUGUUCCUAAAUCGGAAAAAAAUCUUGUGGGAUAAAUAUAUUCCACAAGAAUAUUUUCUUUGUUAACAUUUAUGAUUGUAAUGAUGAAAAGAUUGUGAUAAUUUUUAGCUUAGCUCCGUUUAAAAUGAAUUAAUGUAUGUAUUAAAAACAUAUAUAUAUAUAUAUAUUUUUUUUUAUAAAAUUAAGACUUAUAAAUUGUCAUAGAUUAUAUUAAUAUUAAUUUCGCAUGCGUACUUAAAAAAAACUUCAUUGUUCUGUUAUAUUUUUUUUCACUUGUAGUACAAUUAAAAAUUAAUACUUUUUCCGAGUACAUUACCAUUUUGAGUUUAUUUCAAAAUCACAUGCAUAUUUAAAAAAAAAUAAGAUAUAAAAAUAUUCAAUUUAGUUCAAUAGAUAAUUAAACGGUAUCAUCUAAAUUACAAUAAUAUUAUGAAAUAAUCUAUAAAGAAUCCAAUUGUAUAAGAUAUAUUUUACAAAUUAAAAGAAUGAAUGGGUAGUGAAAAUAAUUAGAUUGAUUGUUGGUGCUUAUAUUUACAUUUUAGAUACUUAUAACUUAUUCAUAGAAAAAAAAAAAAAAACAAUAUAUUCUUAGAAUAAUGUUUAAAUCAAAUAUAAAUAGAGGAAAUUUAAGGAACGGGUGCAUCAACUUCAGGGCUGCUAGCGUCUGGUUCUUCAUCAUUAUAAAUAUUUUCAGCCAUUUGCCAAACCUAUAGUUAAAUAAAUAAAAAUAAAAUAUAUCUAUAUGACAUUAAUCGUAUAUAAUAAAAUUCAUCAUUACCUGCAUAAUGUUAUCCUCAGAUACUGAACAUAUAACCCAUGGUUCAUUUGGAUUCCAUGAAAAGUCAGAUAUCUUGGCAGUAUGGCCACCGUGGAUGAACUAGAAAUUUAAUAAUUAUCGCAAUGUUAUACAUUUAAUGUGAUUUAAGUUUCCAAUAUUAUAAUAGAAAUUUUACCAAAAGUUCAGGUGGACCAUCAUCAGCAUCUUCAGGUGACUGUUCUUCACCAAUUUUACUCAAAUCCCAAACAUGUAAACGUCUAUCUGUACCACUAGAUGCUAAUAUCGUCUCAUUAUGUGGUGACCACUGUACUUGGAAUAUUUCAUCUUUGUGCGAUUCAAACGAGUGUAACUUCAAUUUUAGAUUUCUUAAAUCCCAUAAAGCUACAGUCUAACAAGAAAAUAUAAUAACCAAAAUAAAUACAUUGAUAUAGAACAGUUUGUUUUAAAAAAAUGUAUCUUACUUUAUCAGCACUUCCAGUAGCCAAAAUAAAUUCUGAAUAUGGAUUAAAUGAUAGACAGUUAACUUCAGCAGUGUGAGCAUCAACAGUGUGUGAAGGUUUACUUGUAUUGUUAGCACGUGUAUCCCAAAUCAUAAGUUUUUGAUCAUCAGCAACAGACCCGAAUAAAGAUUCAUGUAAUAAAUGCCAAGCAACAUCCUAAACAAAAUUAUAUUGGGUAAAUGGGUUUAUUGUACAUAAUAAAAUAGAAGAUUGUUAAGUACCUCAACAACAGCUGUAUGACCAGUAAAUAUAGUCUUGGCUUCUACAACUCUAUGUUCUUUAGGAGUAGCAUUAAUAUCCCAUAAACAUAUAGUAUGAUCGUCAGAUGCACUUAACAAAUAUCCAUUUAAAUUAGGAUUCCAUGAUAAUCCAUAUCCUUCUUUUUGAUGACCUCUUAAUCU